GCAUUUCCGUUUCCGCCGGUGUCCAUGUGUGCCUGAAGAGUUGGAGCAGUCGUGAACCAGGUAACGGCUUCGGCGUGCGGAAGGCAGCGUUGGCGGGUCCUGGGGGCUGAGGCUCCAGGAGGAUUGGUUAGAACUGUUUGUGAACUGGUAAAAAGCUACUAUGGAGACUAAGGACCAGAAGAAGCACAGAAAGAAAAACAGUGGACCCAAAGCUGAGAAGAAAAAAAAAAGGCAUCUGCAGGAUCUCCAGCUUGGAGAUGAGGAGGAUGCCCGGAAGAGAAACCCCAGAGCUUUUGCAGUCCAGUCUGCUGUGCGGAUGGCUCGAUCCUUUCACAGGACUCAGGAUUUGAAGACAAAAAAACAUCACAUUCCAGUGGUUGAUCGAACUCCACUAGAGCCCCCACCCAUAGUGGUGGUGGUCAUGGGGCCUCCAAAAGUUGGGAAGAGCACUUUGAUACAGUGCCUCAUUCGGAACUUCACCAGGCAGAAGUUGACUGACAUCAGAGGCCCAGUCACAAUCGUGUCAGGUAAAAAGCGCAGACUUACCAUUAUUGAAUGUGGGUGUGACAUUAACAUGAUGAUUGAUCUGGCUAAAGUAGCGGAUUUGGUUCUGAUGCUUGUAGAUGCCAGCUUUGGGUUUGAAAUGGAAACAUUUGAAUUUCUGAACAUCUGUCAAGUACAUGGCUUCCCUAAAAUCAUGGGAGUUCUCACCCACCUGGACUCCUUCAAGUAUAAUAAGCAACUGAAGAAGACAAAGAAGCGAUUAAAGCACAGAUUCUGGACAGAAGUCUACCCGGGUGCCAAACUGUUCUACCUUUCUGGAAUAGUACAUGGAGAAUAUCAAAACCAAGAAAUUCAUAAUCUGGGCCGUUUUAUUACAGUUAUGAAGUUUAGACCCCUCACAUGGCAAACCUCUCACCCUUAUAUCCUGGCAGACAGGAUGGAAGAUCUGACAAACCCAGAAGAUAUUCGAACAAAUAUCAAGUGUGAUCGGAAGGUGUCUCUUUAUGGCUACUUAAGAGGAGCGCACUUGAAAAAUAAAAGCCAAAUUCACAUCCCAGGUGUAGGAGAUUUUGCUGUGAGUGAUGUCAGUUUUCUCCCAGACCCCUGUGCUCUUCCUGAACAGCAAAAGAAGCGCUGUUUAAAUGAGAAAGAGAAGUUGGUUUAUGCACCUUUCUCUGGCGUUGGUGGUGUGUUGUAUGACAAAGAUGCUGUCUACGUUGAUCUUGGUGGCAGCCAUGUUUUUCAGGAAUCGGAUGAGGUGAAGCCCACCCAUGAACUGGUCCAGAAUCUCAUUUCCACCCAUUCCACUAUUGAUGCCAAGAUGGCUUCAAGUAGAGUGGCACUUUUUUCUAAUUCCAAACCACUAGGAUUAGAGGAUAUAGAUAAUCAAGGGCUUCAGAUGCCAAAAGAGGAAAAGCAAGUGGAUUUGCUAACUGGUCGAGUGCGUCGGAAGGCCAUUUUUGGAGAUAAAGAAGAUGAGUCUGGAGAUAGUGAUGACGAAGAUGAUGCACAAAUGUCUGAAGGUGACAGUUUGGAAAAUGGCUCUAGUGUUGAUGAAACAGAAGAGGAGGAAGACAAUGAAAUGAUUGAUAAAGAGCACAUGACUGUUGAGGGUAUCAGACGGCAGAAGCUUGAGGAGAUGGAAGAAGAUAUUGAGGUGGAUUUGCCAGUAUUUGCUGAUAGCGAUGAUGAUCUUGAGAGGAGCUCAGGGGAUGAAGAGGAAGCUGAGAAAGCCAGUGGGAGCAGUGAAGAAGAGGAGGACUCUACUGCAGAAGCAGAGAGUGAUAUUUUAGACUCUAAGGCUGUUGGAGAAGGUGGUAAAUCACGACUAUCAGGAGUUAAUGGUUUGAGUGACAGGUUGAAUCAAGAGAUAUCUUUGACAAUGAAAAAAGCAAUUGUCACCAUUUCAGAUUCAGGUCAUUGCAUAGCUGAAGAGGCAUUUGCAUCUGAAGAUGAAUCUGAAGAAAGCUCCUCUCUCAGUUCAGAGGAAGAGGACACAGAAAAUGAAGAGGUUAGGAAAAAGCUUCCAAAGCCUUCUCAAGAGGGCGGUGGUCGGAAACUGGGGCCAGAGAACAUAAUUGGUGAGACCAGUGAUGUAGAAGAUUUAUUCAAAGAGGAGGAAGAUUAUAAGGAAGAAAAUAACUAUUCCACAGAAACGUCAGGUACCCUCAAGUGGAAGGAAGACCUGUCUAGGAAGGCAGCUGAGGCCUUUCUGAGGCAGCAACAAGCAACUCCAAACCUUCGAAAGCUUAUUUAUGGGACAGUGACAGAGGAUAAUGAAGAAGAUGGUGGUGACCCCAGAGAAGAAAUUGGAGGCUUGUUUCACAUCAGCCAGCCUGACAGAGAAUGUAAGCACAAGGCUGACUCUUUGGAUUGCUCUAAAUUUCUUGUGGAGGCACCCCACGAUUGGGAUUUAGAGGAGGUUAUGAACAGCAUCAGAGAUUGCUUCGUGACUGGGAAGUGGGAAGAGGAUAAAGAUGCAGCCAAGAUCUUAGCAGAAGAUGAGGAGCUAUAUGGUGACUUUGAAGACCUUGAAACAGGGGACGUGCAUAUGGAAAAUUCAGGUCCAGAUAUUCAGAUUGAAGAUGUAGAAGAAGUUAAGGAAGAAAACGAGCCCAAACCAGAGGAAAGUGCCAAGAAAAAACGUAUGGAUAAGAAGAGAAAACUGAAGGAGAUGUUUGAUGCAGAGUAUGAUGGAGGAGAAAGCUCAUAUUUUGAUGAACUUAAAGAAGAAAUGCAUAAACAAGCCCUGCUUAACCGCGGAGAAUUUGAAGAUCAAGAUGAUGAGACCAGAGUUCAAUAUGAGGGUUUUCGACCUGGGAUGUAUGUCCGGAUUGAGAUAGAAAAUGUCCCCUGUGAAUUUGUGCUUAACUUUGACCCGCAUCACCCGAUUAUUCUGGGUGGUUUGGGCAACAGUGAGGGCAAUGUUGGAUAUGUACAGAUGCGUCUGAAGAAACAUCGUUGGUAUAAGAAAAUCCUGAAGUCCCGAGACCCAAUAAUUUUUUCUGUAGGGUGGAGGCGGUUUCAGACCAUCCCACUCUAUUAUAUCGAAGACCACAAUGGAAGGCAGAGGCUUCUGAAAUACACCCCACAGCACAUGCAUUGUGGAGCAGCGUUUUGGGGUCCGAUCACUCCACAGGGAACUGGGUUUUUGGCAGUACAAUCUGUCAGUGGCAUAAUGCCUGAUUUCCGGAUAGCUGCCACAGGAGUUGUCCUUGAUCUGGAUAAAUCCAUAAAAAUUGUGAAGAAAUUAAAGCUAACUGGAUUUCCAUAUAAAAUUUUCAAGAAUACUUCAUUUAUUAAGGGAAUGUUUAAUUCUGCCUUGGAAGUGGCCAAAUUUGAAGGUGCUGUGAUUCGAACUGUCAGUGGGAUAAGAGGACAGAUCAAGAAAGCACUCCGAGCUCCAGAAGGAGCUUUCCGGGCCACCUUUGAGGAUAAGUUGUUGAUGAGUGAUAUUGUCUUCAUGCGAACUUGGUAUCCUGUCUCCAUUCCAGCCUUCUAUAACCCAGUCACAUCUUUGUUGAAACCAGUGGGUGAGAAAGACACCUGGUCAGGAAUGAGGACAACAAGUCAACUCAGACUCGCACACAGUAUCAGACUAAAGCCAAACAAGGAUUCUUUGUAUAAGCCCAUAGUGAGGCAAAAGAAACAUUUUAACUCGCUGCACAUUCCAAAAGCCUUGCAGAAGGCCCUGCCGUUUAAGAACAAGCCCAAGACCCAAGCAAAGGCAGGCAAGGUGCCAAAGGACAGGCAGAGACCGGUCGUCAUACGGGAACCUCAUGAGCGGAAGGUCCUUGCACUGCUGGAUGCUCUGAGCACAGUGCACAGUCAUAAGAUGAAGAAGGCCAAGGAGCAACGGCAUCUGCAGAAUAUAGAGCACUUCAAAGUGAAACAAAAGGAAGAGGAAGAAAAACUGACACAGCGGAAGGAGCUCAGGAAGAAGCUCUUCCGAAUCCAGGGUCAGAAAGAAAGAAGAAAUAAUAAGUCCAGUUUGAAGGGGCAUCAGGAUCAACUGAAGUGAGCCUCCCAGAUGGGUAGGAUGUCAUUUGGAUCUGUAGAAAUGGAUGGUUUUAAAUAUUAUAUAGUACUUGUAAAUGGGAAUUCCAGAACAAGUCAGGGAACUGUAGCACAAGAGAGACUGUGCCUUUGCAAUGGGAAAUUGAGAAGACUGCUGACGUGACACAUACACAUGCUCAGCAUCUAAGUUGGAU